GGCGACUAGUUAUGAGCUUGAUGAUUCGGAUAGCUUCUGGGUGGCGCAUUCAGAGUCGCCGUUUCCUAAGGCGGCAGAGGCGGUCGACAUGUUACUCAAGAAGUGGACCCAAGACAAAGAACAGGUCAACGCAGCCUCCCCCACAGGCGAUGCAUUCUCCGAGGCAGAGGACGAGGACCUGAUGGGGCGCACCAAGCAGCUGUCGGCCGCCAUGAGCGCGGUGCCACAGCUGAUGGAGCGCAAGCGCGUCAUCGACAAGCACGUCACCAUCGGCGGCACACUCCUGGAGGAGAUCAAGUCGCGUGCGCUCGACGCCUACUUCUCCAUGGAGGAAGACCUGCUCACCCGGGGCAGCACCGACCGGGCGGCGAUGCUCGACUUACUCCGGAAGCGGGGGUCCAGGGAGGAUAAGCUACGCCUGGCGAUUAUCUACCUGAUGGCGACGGACAAUGCGAGUGCGGGGGAUGUGGAGGCGGUUGAAGCGGCGCUGAGGGAGCAGGGGGUGGAUCUAGCCGCUCUGCAUUAUAUCAAGCAGGUGAAGCGGGUCAACUCCAGCUUUGCUGCGGUGGCUGCGGCGGGGGGUGGGGAGGAGGAGGGGGGGCGUUGGGGGCAUGGCGGGCAGCAAGGACGAUCUGCUGGAUUGGGCCGGCCGGCUGGCUGGGCAGAGUUUGUCCCGCGUGACCGCAGGUAUUCCUUUCUCUGCCUGGACCCCAAGGCCCCCAAGGGGGGCAGCAGCAGCACGGCAGCAGGGGGCAGCAGAGGGGCAGUGAGGGACGCGAUAGUGUUCGUGAUUGGGGGAGGGAACUAUAUGGAGUACGGGGGGUUGCAGGAGAUGGCGAGGAAAGCAGGGGCCGGGGGCGGGGCGGCGGGGGUGCGCACGGUGGUGUAUGGGACGACUGAGAUGCUGGCAGGGAGCCAGUUUGUGGAGCAGCUCUCAGAGCUGGGCAGGAAGAUGGGGUACAAGCCCCCUCCGCCCCCCGCUGAGGCCGUGGGUGGGGCGGGGGCUGGUGCCGGGCAAAGGUAGCUUGGUGCUGCUGGCCGUUUUCGUUCCUCCUGUAGGUAGCUUGCUUUUGCUGACGGGCAGCCGGCUUUGGGGCAGCUGUGAGAGUUGGGUAGGGCGAUGGGGUACAAGCCGACCCCCUCCCAUCCCCCCCCCCCCUUGAGGCUGUGGGUGGGGUGGGGGGCUGCUGCAGAGCCAGAGGUAGCAGUGCAAAAUCGGCCGUGGGUGGGGUGGGGGCUGAUUGUCCUCUCCUGUAGCUCGCAGAAACGGCUUCUGUUAUUUGCCGGAAGACGGCGAGGUGGGUUAAGGCAGGUCCUCCCAUACGUGAUGUGGUAUUUGGCUUUCCUAAGGACAUCAGGAACCAAGCUACAAGAAGUGCACUGCAUAUACAUAUACCUUGCACGAUUUUAUUGUUUAUCGAACUUCACAUUGCGAGGGCUUAUACGAAUAAUGGGUUUCUGGAGUA